AUGGCCCAAGAGAUUGCCAAAAGUACCGGGUGUCUCGUUGAAGAGGCAGAGCAAGCUCUACAGGCAGAAAACAAUGUCGUGCGAGCAACCAAAAUGAUAGCAUACGAAAUAGAUCUGAGGAGGAAACGAUAUGUGCCGGUGCUUUCCCCUAUAUGGAGUCGCUACGCGCCCGGCGGUGCAACCACCACCGACUACGAUGGCACUAUCGAGCUGGUCAGGGACUUGGGGGUUGAAUUGGAUGACGAGGUGGUACUUGCUCUAGCAUAUGAGCUCCAGGCUCCACAGCUCGGUGUAUUUGCGAAACUACCGUAUAUUGAUGGGUGGGCACGCUGGUCAUGUAGUGAUCUACCGGCAAUGAUCAAGGCAACUAGCGUCAUGAAGCACAAAAUAAAAGAAAACAGGGCCUACUUUGGUCGCGUGUAUCGCUAUGUUUUCCCGUAUAUUGUUUCAGAGGGCCAACGGAUGCUGCCCAUCGAUCAAGCUGUCGCAUACUGGACAUUACUUCUGGUGCCCCGCUACGCCAUUGCUGAGCGAUGGAUCGCAUUCAUGACCGAAAAAAACUACAGCGUCAGCCGCGACACUUGGAAUAUGGCCCUGGUGUUCUUUGAGUAUGCCCAGAACGACCCGACUCUGGCCGAAUAUGACGAGAACCUGGCGUGGCCUGCUAUUAUCGAUGACUUUGUCGACUCUGUGCGUGAUCAUCCUUCCUAA